AUGCUCAAGAAGCACUGGGCUACGGUUGCACCGCCCAGCACGGGCCAAGGUGGUGGGGGUCCCGCCGAUAAGCAUGCCGCUGAUGACGCACGGCCAAGGGCUCCGCCUUCGGUCGCCGAUAAGCCACCUCGUCAGGGUAGCGGAGAGAAAGGGAAGAGCGACAAGGCGGCUGCCCAAACGGCCACAGGUGGGUCCGCGAAAACUGGCCAGGGCCCGAAGGCCGGGGUCGCGGAGGCGUCAGCGGUUCCUCACCAGCCUCCCGCGGGUGCACGCCCUCCGACCGGACCGUCUGCCGGGCGACCUGCCGACGUCCCGCGCUCUGCCGACGUCCCGGCUGCCGACAAGGCUGGCCGCGCGCGGAAAGUGGCGGCGGUUGCGAACGCGCUCAAGGAGCAGCUCAGGCUCCUUGCCUGCAACAAGGCUGUUCAACGGCCUCUCCCCGCUGUCGACGUCCCCUCGGCGAGUGUGCCACGGGUAGUGCCGGCCGUCGCCGCCCGUACUCCUGCUGACCCAAAAUCAGCGCUGCUGCGCGCCCAGCUGGGCGCACUAGCGUCGACUGCGCCAACUCAGCAUGCAUCUGGCUCUGGCGCUAAGCCGUCGUCGGCGAAUGUGGCACCACCCACCCCUGUGGCAGCUGAGGUUGAGAAAGCGGCGGAGAAGGGCGUUCGUGCUGCGCUUGCCACCGGCGGCGGCCCCAUUGAGGAGGUCCCCCCCGACGCGGAUAUCUCUGCCAUACAGGCCCAUCUGGAUGCAGCCAAUGCCCGAACACUGGCCAUCUCCGACACGGCACAUGUGGAGCCUUCGGCGGGUCUCGUCGGCAGUCCAGCAGAGCCUAGUGCGACCGGUGAUGCUGUCGGCGAUGGAAAGGCGAAACGGAAGGGGAAGGCGGGCUCACAGAGGAAGACGCGGGAGAAGUCGGAUGUUAAGGCGGCGGAUAGAGGGAAGGGGAAGGCGGCUGAGACGGCGGCGGACAAAGAUGGAGGCGGCAAUACGGGGGUGAAAGGGAAAGCGGGGGAGAAUCAGAAGUCGCUCGGCGAGGGUACGUCGACGGGUAGGAAAGGGAAGGACAAGUUGGUCGGAGAAGGAAGGUCGAAGGGGAGAAAGGAAAAGAGGAAGGCGGAGGAGGAGGAUGACAAGGAGGAGGAGGCGGAGGUAGAGGAGGUGGAGGAGGAAGAGGAGGGGGGGGAGGAGGAGGAGGAGGAGGAUGAGGAGGAGGAGGAGGAGGAGGAGGAGGAGGAGGAGGAGGAGGAGGAGGAGGAGGAGGAGGAGGAGGAGGAAGGGCAAGGAGAGGAGGGGUCAUGGCAUCCGACACGACAACUCGGGCGACGGUCAAGUGUGGGUUGGCGAGAUUAA